AUGCCCGUCGCUCCUGCUUAUCACGAGUCUCUUCCUUAUGUCGACCAGGAACCAACUCCGGAAGCCCUUGCCGCCGCCCGUGCCCUGAUCACCGCUGAAGCAUCCUCUCAAGCUCCCCAACCCUCCUCCAAUACAGAGCCUUCUUUCUCUCCCGCGAUAACAGCUGAACUCGAACGUGUUUCCAAAUCUACACCGCUUGCGCCCCUGGACCUGAGCCGGUACGAGGCUCCAUCCCCGAGCGCUCCUCCUGCGACCGCCCUGCCAGCUGCUGCUGUAGCCCAUAGCUAUCUCUCCUCGCGUCUCACAAACCUAGAGCUUCUUGAGAAGUGGGGGAAGAAUGCGUGGCUGUUGGGAAAUCACGGCCUCGAAGCAGAGCUCCAGGCGCUCGAACGUGAGUUAGCAGUUACCAAGCGCGAAGUCGACAUUGUGAAUCUGGAGAGGCAAAAGAGACAGACCGCUGUGGGCGCUGAGAUCAAGACAUUAGACGAUACUUGGCGCGCCGGUGUCGGUCGAGUGCUGGAAACCGAAGUUGCUGUUGAGGAGCUGAGGAGGAAAAUCCGAGAGGAGCUGGCAAGACGGGCUGUAUAG